GCGAGGGAGUUGGAGCUUCCCCGGAUGGGGAGGUGGGCCCUCGACGUGGCCUAUGUGUGGAAGGCGGUGUUGACUCUGGGGCUGGUCCUUCUCUACUACUGCUUCUCCAUCGGCAUCACCUUCUACAACAAAUGGCUGACGAAGAGCUUCCACUUCCCGCUCUUCAUGACGAUGCUGCACCUGGCCGUGAUCUUCCUGUUCUCUGCCCUGUCCAGGGCCCUUGUUCAGUGCUCCAGCCACAGGGCCCGUGUGGUGCUGAGCUGGACGGACUACCUCAGGAGAGUAGCUCCCACAGCCCUGGCGACGGCGCUUGACGUGGGCUUGUCCAACUGGAGCUUCCUCUACAUCACCGUCUCGCUGUACACAAUGACCAAGUCUUCCGCUGUCCUCUUCAUCUUGAUCUUCUCCCUGAUCUUCAAGCUGGAGGAGCUGCGUGCGGCACUGGUCCUGGUGGUCCUCCUCAUCGCCGGGGGCCUCUUCAUGUUCACGUACAAGUCCACGCAAUUCAACGUGGAGGGCUUUGCCUUGGUGCUGGGGGCCUCAUUCAUCGGUGGCAUUCGCUGGACCCUCACCCAGAUGCUCCUGCAGAAGGCGGAACUUGGGCUCCAGAACCCCAUCGACACCAUGUUCCACCUGCAGCCACUCAUGUUUCUGGGGCUCUUCCCUCUCUUCGCCAUCUUUGAAGGUCUCCAUUUGUCCACGUCUGAGAAGAUCUUCCGUUUCCAGGACACCGGGCUGCUCCUGGGGGUACUAGGGAGCCUCUUCCUUGGAGGGAUCCUCGCCUUCGGUCUGGGCUUCUCUGAGUUCCUCCUGGUCUCCAGAACCUCCAGCCUCACUCUCUCCAUUGCUGGCAUUUUUAAGGAAGUCUGCACUCUGCUGUUGGCAGCUCAUCUGCUGGGGGAUCAGAUCAGCCUCCUGAACUGGCUGGGCUUCGCCCUCUGCCUCUCGGGCAUAUCCCUGCAUGUUGCUCUCAAAGCCCUGCACUCCAGAGGUGAUGGUGGCCCCAAACCCUUGAAGGGCCUGGGCUCCCACCCUGACCUGGAGCUGCUGCUUCGGAGCGGCCGGCCGGAGGAAGAGAACAAUGAGGAGGAGGACUACUUUGGGGCCCAGGGGCAGCAGUGACCAGCCAGGAGACCUGCUGGGAACCAGGCUGCUCCCAAGCCUCACACCUCACAGCAGCCUGGGGACCCGGGUGGCUCUUCACAACAGCCGGGGAGCAGUGGGCCAGGACUCUCCCGGGCUGGGCCUCGGGGAGCACGGGACCACAUGGCAGGGCUUGGUCAGGGAACUGGUCGAACAGAGGGGUGAGCAUCAGACCAGAGCAGGGCCUAAGCCGCGCUGGAGUCACAGCGGGACAAGGGAGCGGGCUGGUCUCAGCUGCUUGCCAGGCUCUGACAGCCCAGGUGGUGAUUUCCGGGGGAGAGCAGGUUUCUAAGGGGGCCGGGUUUAGACUGCGGAGCGGUUGGGAAGGGUUGAUGGAGAGCCUGGAGCCUCAUCACCUGGAGCCCGUCUUUUCUCAGUACAGGUCUAUUUAUAGUUUGGAAAUAAAGGAUUUACGGUCCACUGGCCACUUAGUGUUGCCUAGAGGGGUGGGGGCAGGAGGGGGCGGUGUGGGCCUUGCUCUCCUGUUCUUCCCCUGCCUGGGACCUUCAGAUGACUGGUCAGACUCCAGGCUUCCUGCAUCUCUUGUACUCCUCUUGGAGCCCCAGUGCGCUCUCUCGGGGCCCCAGCACACCUACAGGCAGGAAAAAAUACGUGCGGAGCACUAUUCUGGGGCUGUUAGUGCUUUCACAGCGUGGAUUUGAAUCCUGACUGUUACUUUGAGCUGUGUGACCUUGAGCAAAUUACUUAACCUCUCUGUACCACAGUAUUUUUCUCUGUGAAAUGGGAAUAAUUAUCUCAGUUGUUCAGAUCGAGUCAAUAUUGAUAACAGAUUAAAUGUUAUAUAUAUAAGUG